CAAGUUCAUAGAAGCAACAAGAGUAAGUUACUUUUGCAGUAAAUCUGGCUUAGCAGAGAUCUUGGCCGAGAGGACAGAUGGAGAGUGAUAAACGGGUCCUCCUAAGCACUUUGGAGGAUUUGAUAGCGGAGGAAUUAAAGAAGUUCCACUGGUACCUGCAGCAGGUAUUGCUGGACGGCCUCCCAGCCAUCCCAGUCAGUCGACUGGAGAAUGCAGACCGGACAGACACGGUGGAUCAGAUGGUGAAGACCUACGGCACAAACAGCGUUAAGGUGGCCGUCAUGGCUUUGAAAAAGAUGCAAAUGAAUGAUCUGGUGGAGAAAUUAUCAAACAUGAUAUCAGAAUCUACAGAGAUUAUUGCCAACUGUCAACGUAAACUCAAAUCUAACCUGAAGAAGAAGUUCCAGUGUAUAUUCGAGACGGUCAUAAAAGCAGGAAAUAAGAAACUCCUGAAGCAGAUCUACACAGAGCUCUACAUCACAGAGGGAGGGACUGCAGAGGUCAACAUGGAACAUGAGGUCAGACAGAUUGAAACAGCAUCCAGGAAAGCAGACAGACCAGAAACAACCAUCAGACAAGAAGACAUCUUUAAAGCCUCACCUGGAAGAGAGGAACCAAUCAGAACAGUGAUGACAAAGGGAGUGGCUGGCAUUGGGAAAACAGUCUUAACACAGAAGUUCACUCUGGACUGGGCUGAAGACAAAGCCAACCAGGACAUAGAGUUCACAUUUCCAUUCACCUUCAGAGAGCUGAAUGUGCUGAAAGAGAAAAAAUUCAGCUUAGUGGAACUUGUUCAUCACUUCUUCUCUGAAACCAAAGAAGCAGGAAUCUGCAGGUUUGAAGAGUUCCCGGUUGUGUUCAUCUUUGACGGUCUGGAUGAGUGUCGACUUCCUCUGGACUUCCACAACAAUGAGAUCCUGACUGAUGUCACAGAGUCCACCUCAGUGGAUGUGCUGCUGACAAACCUCAUCAGGGGGAAACUGCUUCCCUCUGCUCGCCUCUGGAUAACCACACGACCUGCAGCAGCCAAUCAGAUCCCUCCUGAGUGUGUUUGCAUGGUGACAGAGGUCAGAGGGUUCACUGACCCCCAGAAGGAGGAGUACUUCAGGAAGAGAUUCAGAGAUAAGAAGCAGGCCAGCAUGAUCAUCUCCCACAUCAAGACCUCACGAAGCCUCCACAUCAUGUGUCACAUCCCAGUCUUCUGCUGGAUCACUGCUACAGUUCUGGAGGAGGUGUUGAAGACCAGAGAGGGAGGAGAGCUGCCCAAGAACAUGACUGAGAUGUACAUCCACUUCCUGGUGGUUCAGUCCAAACUGAAGAAGGUCAAGUAUGAUGGAGGAGCUGAGACAGAUCCACACUGGAGUCCAGAGAGCAGAGAGAUGACUGAGUCUCUGGGAAAACUGGCUUUUGAUCAGCUGCAGAAAGGAAACCUGAUCUUCUAUGAAUCCGACCUGACAGAGUGUGGCAUCGAUAUCAGAGCAGCCUCAGUGUACUCAGGAGUGUUCACACAGAUCUUUAGAGAGGAGAGUGGAUUGUACCAGGACAAGGUGUUCUGCUUCAUCCAUCUGAGUUUUCAGGAGUUUCUGGCUGCUCUUCAUGUCCAUCUGACCUUCAUCAACUCUGGUGUCAACCUGAUGGCAGACACAUCGUGGACUGGAUGGUUGUGGUCCUCCUUGUGGUCAAAAGUCCUCAGAGACGAACCUGGACUAAUGCAUCUCUACCAGAGUGCUGUGGACAAGGCCUUACAGAGUCCAAAUGGACACCUGGACUUGUUCCUCCGCUUCCUCCUGGGUCUUUCACUGCAGACCAAUCAGAGUCUCCUACGAGGUCUGCUGACACAAACAGGAAGUAGCUCACAGACCAAUCAGGAAACAGUCCAGUACAUCAAGAAGAAGAUCGACGAGGAUCUCUCUGCAGAGAAAAGCAUCAAUCUGUUCCACUGUCUGAAUGAGCUGAAUGAUGGUUCUCUAGUGGAGGAGAUCCAACAGUCCCUGAGAUCAAGACGUCUCUCCACAGAUGAACUGUCUCCUGCUCAGUGGUCAGCUCUGGUCUUCAUCUUACUGUCAUCAGAAGAAGAUCUGGACGUGUUUGACCUGAAGAAAUACUCUGCUUCAGAGGAGGCUCUUCUGAGGCUGCUGCCAGUGGUCAAAGCCUCCAACAAUGCUCUGCUGAGUGACUGUGACCUCUCAGAGAGAAGCUGUGAAGCUCUGUCCUCAGUCCUCAGCUCCCAGUCCUCUAGUCUGAGAGAGCUGGACCUGAGUAACAACGACCUGCAGGAUUCAGGAGUGAAGCUGCUGUCUGCUGGACUGAAGAGUCCACACUGUGAACUGGAAACUCUCAGUCUGUCAGGUUGUCAGGUCACAGGUGAAGGCUGUUCUUUUCUGGCUUCAGCUCUGAGCUCCAACCCCUCCCAUCUGAGAGAGCUGGACCUGAGCUACAAUCAUCCAGGAGACUCAGGAAGGAAGCUGCUGUCUGCUGGACUGAAGGAUCCAGACUGGAGACUGGAAACUCUCAGUAUGGACCAUGAAGGAGAGCACAGACUGAACCCUGGCAUGAGGAAGUACUUCUGUGAACUCACAUUGGUCCCAAACACAGCAAACAAAAAACUCAAACUGUCCGACCACAACAGGAAGGUCACAUGGGUGAGAAAGGAGCAGAAAUACCACGAUCAUCCAGACAGAUUUGACUACUGGGAGCAGCUGCUGUGUAGCACUGGUCUGACUGGUCGCUGUUACUGGGAGGUGGAGUGGGAAGGACAGGUUCAUGUGGCAGUGAGUUACAGGGGAAUCAGAAGGAGAGGAAAUGGGUAUGACUCCAGGUUUGGAGGGAAUGAUCAGUCGUGGAUUCUCUACUGCUCUGAUAAUGGUUACUCAUUCUGGCACAAUAACAGACGAACAGACCUCCCUCUCUCCUCCUGCUCCUCCGUCUCUAACACAGUAGCAGUGUACCUGGACUGUCCUGCUGGCACUCUGUCCUUCUUCCACAUCUCUUCAAACAAACGGAUCCACCUCUACACCUUCAACACCACAUUCACAGAACGUCUUUAUCCUGGGUUUGGGUUCUUGAGGCUUGGUUCCUCUGUGAUUCUGUCGCCCGGAUGAGAAACAGUCUAAAACGUUUUGAUCACAGGCUGUGUAAAGAAAGUGGACGUAGUCAUCGUGACGUCCCUCAUUGGUUGUGGACUGUUGCUUUAAAGGCCUCCAGUUCGUCCAUCUUUGUCACUAUCUUGUUCUUUGCAUCCCGGGAACAGGAAGUGACCAUAUAUGGACUGAGGAGGAGUGACGUAGAGACUCCGUAUACGUCUCUGGUGUCGACCUGUCAAUCAGUGUGUAGCCCCGCCCUAAAGCAUCCCCUGCUUUAUGGUCUGUUUGACUCUAAAUGGAGCAUCAUUUACUAAAUGAACAUCAUGCUGUAUUGAAGAAGACUUGAAACUAGAGAUUGAGACCAUAAACAGGCAUCACUCCUCCAGCCAAACUGUUGGUUUAUUGGUUUGUGUUCAACACACAGAGCUGCUUGUCAACAGGAACGAGGCUGUAAAACCCUGCUUGUAGAAAAUCACAAUG